CGCCAUCCUCCUGGCAACUACUGGCAGGCUGUGAUAUUGUAUAGAACGACGGUCCCUAGGACACAGUUCCAAUCUUCGUUUAUUACUUCUGCCAACAAAGCUUGGCGAAGCAGCCGGCAUUCACACCCUCGGCAGUGGUCCCCGCGCCUCCGCUCACCUCACCUCAGCUUACCCGCGGACAAUCACAAGUGCUGUGUAAAUGUACGAACAAAGUAGGGUGACAUGGUCCUGUUGCGAUUGAGCGGCCCUAAUGUAAGUGUCUAAUCUGCCGUUGCCAUCUUCUUACGUUGUCGAUACCACACCCUCGCCAACAUGGCAGGCACGACACAAAGCGGCGCGAUCCCUCUACCAUUCAGUGAACCGCCAUAUCUCUGUGGCUUGCCGUCUCCAUACUACACGCCAGAGUUGCGCAAAUGGCAGCAAGCAUGUCGAGCAUUCAUUGGAGAGCACUUGAUGCCCUAUGCGUGGGAUUGGGAGAAAGAAGAGACCGUGCCGGAUCAUCUUUUCCACACAUUUGCCAAACACAACAUGCUUAUUCCUGUUCUGCCUUCGCCCCUACCUGUACAACAACUCAAAGCCGUGGGCAUUCAUGAUCUCCUCGGUGUGGUCAAGGUGGAGGAUUUCACUUAUAUGCAUAAUAUGAUAUACAACGACGAGAUGUCAAGGACCGGACUCGCAGGACCUGGCGCGUCCCUCACUACCGGCAUGGCGUUCGGUGUGCCAUGUGUGAUCAAGUUCGGCGAAAAGCAGCUGCAGGAACGCUUCCUGCCAGACGCAUUCUGGGGUCGGACGAGGUUCUGUAUUGCCAUCACUGAACCGGACGCAGGAUCUGAUGUGGCCAACAUUAAGACCACGGCUGAACGAAGCAAAGACGGCAAGAAGUGGAUUAUCAAUGGCACUAAGAAGUGGAUCACUAACGGCAUCUGGUCGGACUAUGCAUCCAUGGCGGUGCGCACGGGCGGACCAGGGCCAAGCGGACUGUCGAUGAUUGUCGUGCCACUCAAAAACCAUCCUGGCGUCAGUAUGCGCCGAUUGAAGGUCCAGGGACAGAUUAGCGCAGGCACGACGUACAUCGAGCUUGACGACGUGGAGGUGCCAAUUGAGAACCUGAUCGGGCAGGAGGGGCAGGGAAUGAAGUAUGUGAUGACCAACUUCAACCACGAGCGGCUUACUAUCGCCAUUGGCGCAACGCGACAAGCACGGGUGGCGCUUUCAGCUGCCUUUGCAUAUGUUCUGAAACGCGAGGCUUUUGGCAAGCCGCUCAUCGAGCAGCCAGUCGUUCGGCAUCGUCUCGCCAAAGCCGGUGCGCUCCUGGAAAGCCAGUGGGCUUGGGUGGAGCAAUUUGUCUAUCAAAUGUGCAACAUGACCAAGGAACAAGCUGAUGUAGAGUUGGGCGGACUGACUGCAGCCGCAAAGGCCCAUGCCGGCAUGGUGUUCAAAGAGUGUGCCGACUGCGCGAUGCUGCUGUUCGGCGGCAAUGGUUACACUAGAUCCGGUCAAGGUGAGAUCGCAGAGCGGAUGUGGCGCGAGGUGAACGGUCAUAGGAUCCCGGGCGGCAGUGAGGACGUGAUGUUGGAUCUUAUGAUCCGGCAGCUCGCGAAGAACUACCAGCGCAAGACCAAGGAGCUUGAGAGGCCCUCCGGUUCUUCGAAGCUGUAGAAGCCUUAAUGCUGGUCACUUCCACCAUUUAUGAGCACUCGUUCUUUCGCGUUGCGUUGCUCUGCGUCUCUCUCUGAUUGCAGGUACUCCUCGUACAUCUCCGCAAAAUGCGCUUGCAUAGCUUUGUU